CCUCUCAGUGACGUCAGGAGAAAUGGCGGACCAGGAUGGCAGCGACGCAUCUCCUCCAGAGUCCCAAGCGUCAUUCUCCCAGUAUCAGUCGGAGGAUGGGAGACCAUCUUCAGCCAAUCGCCCCAGCUCUGCGGGCUCUGGGCAAGGAUACACUCCCACCCUGACCCCCAACACCACCCCUACCCUGACUCGCACCACAACCAGUCCCAAUACUGUCACCACCAAAACAGAUUCCUUGCUCUUUAACAAGAUUGAUGAGAGGCAGAGGUUAGCCCGUGAGCGCCGUGGGGAGCGUGAGAAACAGAAUGCUGCAAAGGAAGCUCAGUGGCAGGCCCGUGAAGAGAGGGCCAGACAGCACUAUGAGAAGCACCUGGAGGAGAGGAGGAGAAAGUUGGAGGAGCAAAGGAUAAAGGAGGAUAAGAGACGAGCGGCCGUGGAGGAGAAACGACGGCAGAAAAUGGAGGAAGACAAGGCUCGCCAUGAGGCGGUGAUUCGGCGGACCUUGGAAAGGAGCCAGAGAACCAGACAGAAGACUAACCGAUGGUCUUGGGGAGGGGCUCUGCACCAAAACACUACCAGCACACCAACCGAUGCUGACAGGCGGUCGGUGUCCACAAUGAAUUUAUCCAAACAUACGGACCCUAUCAUUUCCAAGCGUCUAUCCUCCUCCUCUGCUACACUUUUACACUCACCAGACAGAGGCUUACACAUGAGAACAGCCUCCUCUCCUGUUAUUAGCAAAACUCAGUCCAAACACCACCUACACCAAGGAAAGACGCCCCAGCAGAAAAACACAGGCCUGCGCCGUCUUCCUUUGACGCCAUGGGAGAGCAAUGUGGUCAGCCGCCUGCAGCAGCCAACACACUCCUACUUGGCCCGUAGCCGAAGUGCUAUGAGUCUAUCCGGUGACCAAACAGUGUCCUGCCACCCCAUGGGCUCCAUGUCCUUCAAGGCCCUGCAGGCCCAACCUCUCCCUCACUGCCGCAGCCAUGACAGGAGCCUCAGCAGGGAGACGGCCUCUUCAUCCUCCAAGACGGUUCGUAGGAGGACCACCGGCACCACACAGCAGAAGGACCGGGACAAUGUCAGGAAGUCAUGGAGCAACUUGUCACUCCCCCUGGCUCCCAUUAUGACUUUACCCAGCAAGCGCUCCUCUUCUCUUGGAAAGAAAACCAGCAGAGUAACGGCGCCCUCUCCUGGCAGGCAACCUCAAAAGCCAGCAGAGCGACCCCCAACUCCCAAGAUGCUUAAGUCUCCAGGACCAGAGGACCCAGGAAAUCUGCGUCCUUUCAGAACCACAGCCGACAGUCCUCAGUCCACCAGGGAGCAAGACGAGGACGAAGAUGAGCAGGUCCUUAGUCCUCUUCAGCCUCGACCACAGCCACUGGGUCAGAACAAGAGCAGCAGUGAGCAAUCACCACCAGCAGCCAGCGAGGGUGUAAGCAGUCCUCCAGCUCACAGACCCUCAGCAGGCACCACAGAUCCAGAGGAAGCGAGUCGUAUCCUGGCUGAGAAUCGUCGACUGGCCAGAGAGCAGAGGGAGAGGGAGGAAGAGGAGCGUAGGCAACAGGAGGAGCAGGCCAGGUUAGCAAGGGAGGAGAUGGCUCGCCGCAAAGCUGAGGAGAGAGCAAAGAGAGAGGAGGAGGCUCAGCGUCAGGCAGAGGAGAUGAAGAGGAAGGAGGAAGAGGAGAGAAGGAUGGAGGAAGAGAGACUCGAGAGGGAGAGGGAGGAGGCAGAGAGACUCCAGAAACAGAAAGAGGAGGAAGAGUCUCGACAGAGAGAGGAGGCUGAGCGAGUGAGGCAGGAGAGAGAGAAACACUUCCAAAAAGAGGAGGCUGAACGCCUGGAGAGAAAGAAGCGUCUGGAGGAGAUCAUGAAGAGAACAAGACGUUCAGACACAGCAGAGAAGAGAGCUGCUCCUAGAAAUGGUGAUAAUGCAGUGACCCCUCCCAGUCCAGGCCCUUCUAAUGUGACUGUUUCACCAACACACAGUAGCAAUGGUCAGGAAGCUGACCCCGACCCAAACACCACCCCAGUGAGCCAGCCUGACCAGGGAGAGAACGGGGAGUUUGAAGAGGUGAUCGUACUGCCUUCACAUUCCAGGUUGUCUCCUCCUGAGGGAGAGGAGGAGCAGCAGCCGGAGGAGGAGAGAGUUCCCGUUAUAGCCUUCAGGGAGAACGGUCUCCUUAAACCUCUCAGUGGGAUGGAGGAUAUAUCAGCCCAACAGGGACCAGACGUUGCUUGAGGCCCUUUCAGACCAAGAUGACUCCACACCCAGAGAGACAGGAAAUGAGGCCAGAGAGGUAACACAGAGCUGUUGGACUGAACCAAAGGGAGGGCUCGUAGCAUCACAGCCAGACCUUUCCAGAGGUUUACCUUCUCACCCUCCUGUGACAGAAGAGCACCACAGCCAUUUCCCAAAGAAGGUGUCUCCAAAGAUCUCCCUUUAAGCAUCUCCAGAGAGAAGUCUGUUGUCCCUCAUCAAAGUUUCAGAGGAACAGAUGGUCACUCAUUACAUUCUGUCACAGCCCAAACUACCCGUCUUUCUGAAGUGAAUGUCCUAAAAUCACUGGAAGGCUCUGGACGCCCAUGCCAUCUUGUGACUUUUGUGAUGUAUGUAUGUGUGUGAGAGUGUGUGUGAGAAUGAGAGACUACUAAUAAUGUAAACUGAGAUCAUCUGUAAAGUCUUCAGACAUGAUACUUGAAGAGAUUAUUCUGUUGAUGUAGAAAAUACCAUAACAGAUGAACUAAAUCAGCAAUGUGACAUAAUCACUGGCACUUAAACAUCAGGUUCAGAAGUACAGGUUUCAUGCCCUCAAACUAGAAGCUCAUCGUUCUUCGUUGGUUUCAACAUUUCUACUGAAAAGGUGUCAGGCGAGAUGACAUCAGUGCAUGAAUUUAUAUUAAAGCUACAGGCAAAUGGGGUGUAAUAUAUUUUGCUGAAUAAGGCUGGGGUGUCAGAGCACGAUGAAGUACGAGUUGAAUAAUGACUAAAUGAAAAUGCUCUUCUCAGAGAAAUAGGGUGUAAACUUCAGAUUUUUUAGUUUAUUUAAUUGAUGUACAGAUAAAAUGAUUCUUUGUUUUGUCCUCACCUCGUCGUCUUCUUUUUUCUUUACACUGAAAGUAAAAACUGCUUUAAGUAACACCCUUUAAUGUGUUUAUCCCAGUGCUACAUCCUGUAACACGUUUAUUUGAGCAGUGUUGGAUGUUAACUUUUGUUUCAGCCAGGUGAGUUGAUAUUGAUUUGUGUUCCAGGUGGUGUUAAUUCUGUAAUAAUCUGAGUCAUGAUCUUAUUUUGAUGAAGGGUAUAAUAAGAAAAGCUGCUAAUGUUGAUGUUUCUUUGCCUUACAGCAUCAGAUGAAGAAUGAGUUGACUCAUUUCUUUUAAAAAUGGGUAUGCAGUCCCAGUAUGAGCUUUGGCAUUACAAGCCACAUUCCUAAAGUCUCCAGUGGCUUUCUUUCCUUGAUUUAUUUAAAAAAUAUAAAAAGUAUUAUGUCUGCAUGUCUGUGAUAUCAGAAUUUAAAGGCAAUAAUGUUAAAUUGGGUAUUUCAUACAGGGAUUCAUCAUUAAAAACUGGACUAAACCAUUGCACUUCUGUUAUGUUCAUUUCUAUCUUCUGUCAUCUCAAAGAAAUGCUGCUCUCUUUGUUCAGAAACCUUUAAUUUUUCCCAAAUCUUGCAGUCGUACCUAAUGGAAAGGUACUUCAGAAAUAUUACCCAUGUCUGUCUUAUGUCGGGCCUGUUCCUGUCACUAGUACACAGCAUGCUAUUAUCAACAUGCUAACUUGACUGAAUUUCAAAGAACUGUCUUUUACAGAGGCUAAAUCAAUUGUUAAGUAUAAACUUAGAUAUUCUAUGGAUAUGUAAAAGUGGUAUAUUUUACUAAGACUGACCACAAGGCUUUGAAAGUAAAAAGCCCUUUUCUUCAGAGGGUCUGUGGGAUGAAAUCUUCGAGCAACUGUAAAACUGAAAUCACUUUACAACUGUUGCAGCCGUACUCUUU